UCCCCAAGCCCAGAGCCGCCUGCGGUGAAGGGAGAGCGGAGGGGAAGCGGCAGCCGCUGCCGAAAUCCCGGGGAGGAGGCCGGGAGCAGCUCCGCGGGGCAGCGGCUGCCGGCUGCGGGCGGGCGUCCCGGGCUCUCCCCCUCCGCGUGGGCAGGAGGCACAAAUCCCACCUCCGCGGGGCCGCCGGCGCCCCAGUCCCCUCCCUCGCCCCGGAGCUGGCGGAGCUGCCCGGUCCCGUCCCGCCGCCCGCCUCCGCUGCGCCAGCCGGGGACUCCGCUUCCCGCACCGGCCGCGGAGCAGCCGCUCUCGCCAGCUGCGCUUUCCCACGGAGCGAAAGUCCGGGCGGGCGGGAGGGGAGCGGGACGUCGCAGCUCCCUCGCCGCCAGCCGGAGUGCCGCCCCGGCGUCCCGGGAGCGUCCGGGAGGCAACGGUGCCGGGAGGGACCCGGUGCGGGGAGGCAGCUGCGCCCAGGGAUUUCUUCCAGCGCCUCCAUCGCCUUCCCCGUCUCCUCGCCGGCGACAGCUCCAGCGCGGCACCGGAGCUGAACCACCUGCGGGAGCCUCGGGCUGCUUUUGGCAAGGAGCAGCCUCCGCUGGAGGGGCUUCUGCCCCAUGAGGUCACGGGAGGCUAAAAGCGGGGGUUGCUCGAAAGCCGGGAGCGAGGGCUGCUUUGGGGAAGGGGGACGAUGCUGCGGCGCUGAGCGGGACCCCGAUGCGCGUCGCCGUGCCGGGUCCUCCCGCACCGCGUGACGGCCGCAGCGUCGCCUCGCGGCCCGAAAGCGGCUCGCAGCGCCGGGGGGGCUGAGGAUGGAGCCGAGCCCCUGCGUCGCCGUGCCCUGCCAGCCCGGGAACGCCAGCGCUCCGGCCAACGCCACCCUGGAAGCCCUGGGCAACGCCAGCGACCUCUUGGUCACCUCCUUCCUCGGCUGCAUCCUGGCCACGAUGUGCCUGGUCGGCGUGGUGGGAAACAUCUACACGCUGGUGGUCAUGAACGUCUCCACGAGGUUCACCGGCUCCAUGUACGUUUAUAUCGUCAACUUAGCCCUGGCCGAUCUCCUGUACUUAUCCACCAUCCCCUUCGUGGUCUGUACGUACUUCAUGAGGGACUGGUACUUCGGAGACCUGGGCUGCAGGAUCCUCUUCAGCCUCGACCUCCUCACCAUGCACGCCAGCAUCUUCAUCCUCACCAUCAUGAGCACCGAGAGGUACCUCGCCGUCGUCAGGCCCUUGGACACCCUGGGGAGGUCGCGGGACUGCCGGCGGACCCUCACCUGCCUGGUGUGGCUGGUGUCCUUCCUCCUCUCCCUGCCGACCAUGAUCCUCAUCGACCUCCGCACCAGCCACCGCAACGGGGUCACCAAGCGCAUGUGCCACCCCACGUGGCGGAUGGAGACCUACCGCGUGUAUCUCACCGUCCUCUUCCACACCUGCAUCCUCGCCCCGGGCCUCAUCAUCUGCUGCCUGUACGUCAAGCUGGCUCGGGCCUACUGGAAGUCCCAGGCGGCUCUUUCCAGCACCAAGGACACGAGCAGAUGUCCCAAGCAGAAAGUCCUCUACAUGAUCUUCAGCAUCGUGCUCGCUUACUGGGCUUGUUUCGUACCCUUCUGGCUGUGGCAGCUGUUCAGCAUCUACCGCGCGGAGCCGGGGCGCCUCGCCAGCCGCACAGUUGUCUACAUCAAUUUCCUGGUGACCUGCCUGGCCUACAGCAACAGCUGCAUCAACCCCUUCCUCUACACCCUGCUCUCCCACAACUACCGCGAGUACCUGCGGAGCCGGCAGGCCAGCGCCCGCGGCCUCCCCGCCGCCCCGGCCCGGCGACGCCGCCCCGACAACGCCGCCGCCACUGCCGCCGCCAUCGCCGGGCCGGGCCGCCCGCUCGCCGUGAGGGACGGUGAGGCCGGGCCGCCCCCGCUGCCCGCCCCGGCGGCAGGCGCCCGCGUCGGGAGGGGAUGAUGGCGAUCGCAGCCCCGGCUCCUCUCGGAGCCAAGCCGCUCCGGCGGGCUGGCGCGAGGCCUGCGGCCUGGUCUGGCCCGGCCUGGGGGGGCGCGGGGCCCGCGGAGCGUGCCGGCACCCGCCAGAGGUUUGAAGGAUCACUUAAUCCUUGGCAGCUCCCGUCCUCGAAAAAAAUGAAAUAAAGGAAAGACGAGGGCGAGCUUUUAAAUCCGGAGGAGCUGAAUUGGAAACGCAGAUGCUGCUCGUUUCUCCCCCCUCGGGCCGGUCGGGCUCGCGGGCGGGCGGGCAGCGGGGUUGGUCCCGCAGAGCUGCCCGGCUCAUUUGCAAUAAUGGAUAAAAACGACGCAGUGAGCGAAGCCCCUGGUCUGGGCAGGAGGUGAUGCCCCGCCACGGCCGCGGGCGCUCGGCAGCCGGCCGCCCUCCCUCUUAACGCACCGCGGAUGCUUUGGAGGAUCAUCCUCCCCGGGCGGCUUAUGGAGAGGGUUUUUCCCUCCUGUCGUGGUUGGCUGGCAGAGAGAUGAGGUGGUCACAGGGGAGCAGACGUGGGGGACGGCGGGGCUCUCUGUCCAGCUGUGCAAGGCCCCCAUCAGCUGGG